CCGGCCCCACCAUUACAUAUAAUAUACGGAAGAUGACCCGCUUCAGUUUCAGUCAGUAAUCGAAAGUGCUUUCUGAAGUGGUGUUUAGUGGUAUUAUUCGUUAAGAAAAAUGAAAUCUAUAAUUUUGUGUUUCGCCCUUGUGGGAAUCUGCGCAGCCCAACUUCAAAAUCAGAGGAUUCUAGAAGCUCCUGUUCCUGCUCUUUGUUCUCAAAGAGUUAUUCAUGAAAGAACUCCAGAUGGCAAAGGAUACUUCUUCAGCUGGAAAGACCAAAACACAAAAGGAGUAGAGCAAGAUUGGUUAUCAACUAGAAACUACUGCAGGAAACGUUGUAUGGACUUGGUUUCUUUGGAAACAAGUGCUGAAAAUGAGUGGAUCAAAAGACACAUCGUUGAAGAUAAGAUAAAAUACAUAUGGACUUCCGGCCGUUUGUGUGACUUCAAAGGCUGCGACCGUCCAGACCUCCUUCCCAACAACGUGAAUGGUUGGUUCUGGACAGCCGUCCUGCAAAAAUUAGCACCAACUACUCAAAGAGACCAGAACGACUGGUCCGAAACCGGAGGCAUCAACAAGCCACAACCAGACAACAGAGAAUCCAUCCAGGGUGGAGCACAAGAAAAUUGUCUUGCCAUUUUGAAUCAAUUUUAUAACGACGGAGUAAACUGGCACGAUGUUGCCUGUCACCACGUUAAACCCUGGGUGUGUGAAGAAAAUGAAGAUCUUCUUAAAUACGUUAGGUACACCAACCCAAAUUUGUUAAUUUAAAAUUGUAGAUAGCUCGUGACUGAACAACAGAGAUCGAAGUAUGCAGUCUGUUUUGUAAAUUUUUAUGUCAGAAAACUGACUUAAUUAAAAAAAAAUAUGUACAGAUAGUUAAUAUAAGAGACACAGUCGGAGAUUUAUCUUCGUAUUACUUAUAAAUAUUAUUUUAACUUUUUUAUUUAUUCGAUAUUAAAGUAGGUAUAGUUCUGUAUAAAGAGAAAAAUUUAUUAAAUAUUUAAGCAUUGAUGUAUUAUUAAUAGGUACAUCAAAAAAUCUUUAAAAUAUUAAAAAUUGGCAGAUAGGUAACAAUGUAUUCUUUUGUGUAGGUGUAAAUGUCCCUACAUAUAAACUGCGAAUCUAUCUGUAUUUGGUGUAGAUCUGAUAUUAACUUCAACAACCAUUGCAGAACGUAAAAUAUUUUUAUUAUAAUAUGUAUAAAGUAUGUAUUAUUCCUUAUAAAAAUCAACUUUCUUAUAAAAAUCGUUACAAGAAAAUCGGUGAGGGGUUGCUUCCUAUAGUGCGUUAACGAAUUAUCGUAAGGCCAGACGUCUUUCCAUCGGGUCAUGGCAGAGCUCGCCAGCUCUAUUACUUCUUCUUCUUUUUUUUUCUUCUAGUUCCAUGACUGUUAUCGAUCGUUGGAUAUUAUGUUGGCUACCAUAUUCGCUAUCGUGACUUUAUUGACAGCAGUUCUAAAUAACGAUGUAGUUGAUUUUCCAUACCAUUGCCUUUGGCAAUGAUUUUUCAGCCAUGAUGUUGUUCUUCUACCAGGACCACGAUUACCUUGGAUCUUUCCCUGAAUGAUCAGAUGUAAAAGAUUAUAUUUUUCAGGGUGUCUCAUAAUGUGACCGAAGUAUUCCAGCUUGCGUUCCUUUAUUAUAUUGACCAGUUGUGUUGUUUAUACCCACAUAUCAAAGGCUGUCAAGCGUUUAAGGAUAGCCUCAGUUAGAGUCCACGCUUCCACUUCAUACAGCAGGACAGGAAAGAUGUAGCAAGAUGUCAUUCGAACUCUAAGGUCAAUGCUAAGAUCGUGACUGCAAAGUACGUUUCUCAUUUUUACAAAGGUAGCUCGGGCUUGUUCUAUUCGGCUUUUAAUUUCUGCGGUUGGAUUCCAGCUCUCAUUGAUAUUACUGCCGAGAUACACGAGUUUCACUACUCUGUCUAGUAUGGCAUCUCCGACUUUUAUACCGUCAUCCUGUAUAUAAUUUUGUUGCUAACUAUCAUAUAUUUAGCUUUCUUAACGUUGAGUUUUAAUCCAUACUGAUCACAAGUCUGUUUUAUUUUGUUCAUUAGAUUUUGAAGGUAUUCUCCGCAAUUAGCAAGCACUAAGGUAUCAUCGGCAUAUCUAAUAUUGUUGACGGUUACUCCAUUCACAAUAAUACCUUCGGUUGUCUCCAUUAAGGCUUCCUUAAAUAUUUCCUCCGAACAUAAGUUAAAACGAAAAGGCGACAAUAUACAGCCUUGUCUUACUCCUCUUUUUAUAUUUAUAUCAUCCAGCUCUAUUUAUACCUGUUAAAUUCUUUAAAAUACCGUAUUCACGUUAUU